CGCCCCACACCUAAGAUGGGGCCUUGGCUUGUGGGCGCCUCCCUGUGGUUAGUUUGGGGCAGCUUCGCGAAGUACGUGAGGGACCAAGAGGUGCCCUUUGACCAGAAUUGUGGAAGAGUGCCAUUGGUGAAUGUGAUGUCAGGAUCUCGAAUUGUAGGUGGUCACAAGGCUGAGCUUGGAGGGUGGCCAUGGAUAGUAAGCCUGCAGGUCGUGAUAUUUCCUAGAACUAUACAUGUAUGUGGAGGAUCCAUAAUAAAUGAAAACUGGAUCCUCACAGCUGCACACUGCCUUAAGGAUAUCAGAGAGCCACAAUUUUGGAGAGCUGUGGUUGGAGUUCAUAAUCUUUUACAGAGACAUCGGAAAACUAAGAAAAUAAAAAUUAAAGCAAUCAUUAUUCAUCCACGGUUCAUCCCGGAUACAUAUGCAAAUGAUAUUGCACUUUUUCAUUUAAAAAGAGCUGUGAGUUAUAAUGACUAUGUUCAGCCUAUCUGCCUACCAUUUUUUAAAGAGUUGUUUAACUUGAAUGCCAGUACAAGGUGCUUUGUAAGUGGCUGGGGCAAAACAACAGAAGAAGGCAAUGCUUCAAACACUCUACAAGAAGCUGAACUACAUUAUAUUCCCUGGGACACCUGUAAUAGGGAGGAAGGUUAUGGAGGACGAGUUGUUGCAACUUCAUUUUGUGCAGGUGAAGAAGAUGGAAUUGUUGAUACUUGCCUGGGUGACAGUGGUGGGCCUUUAAUGUGUUACGUUCCAGAUGACGGCAAAUUUUACUUAAUGGGAAUUACCAGUUUUGGAUAUGGUUGUGGCAGAAAAAAUUACCCUGGCGUUUAUGUCCAGGUGCAAUUCUUCAGAACAUGGGUGAUAAACCAAGUGCUUCAGGCAGCUGCUGAAGACAGAAAUAAGAAAAAUAGACAGGGGCAGAUCCUUCUUAUUGUAGUCUUUUUCAGUUUACUAGUGGCCACAUAA